ACGCACAGGUCAUCUUUUAAGACUUGUGGGACUUUCUCUUUAGCUAAUUCUUUGACCAAUAAUCAUUUGUUUUUCGCUUUUGACACAACAAAUUAUAUAUUUUAUAUAUGACAUUUAUGUUAGGUAGCUAUGGUCAGCUAACAUUAAGGCGAAUCCGAGCUGUCAUUCAUACAGUCCAAGUGCGGCUAAAGUUACGGAUUUAAACCGUCUAUGAUUUAAACGUACUGCGUUUCCAAUAAGCUGGCAACAUGUCACAAGAGGAGCUUUUUUUGGACUCAGUAGCAGCAGGACAGGUAACGGAGAAAAAGAGCAGGAGUAACCUUGGUCUCGUCGUCACUGGGUUGUUAGGAGGGUCACUGGUCGCCCUGUAUGCAGUAGCGACUCCGUUUGUCGCCCCUGCCCUGAGGAAAGUCUGCCUCCCGUUCGUCCCUGCCACCACGGCUCAGGUGGAGAAUGUCCUCAGGGUGCUGCGAGCCAGAACAGGCCGCCUGGUGGACAUCGGGAGUGGAGAUGGAAGGAUAGUGAUAGCAGCAGCUAAGCAUGGCUUUAAGGCGUCAGGCUUUGAGCUGAACCCCUGGCUGGUGUGGUAUUCUCGCUACAAGGCCUUUAGAGAGGGAGUUCACCGCUCCACCUCCUUCCACAUCUCUGACUUAUGGAAGGUCAGUUUUGCUCAGUACUCCAAUGUUGUCAUAUUUGGAGUCCCUCAAAUGAUGGACCAGCUGGAGGUGAAGCUUGCAAGCGAGUUACCGAGUACAGCCAAGGUGGUGGCAUGCCGCUUUCCCUUUCCUACUUGGGUCCCUGAAUGCACCGCCGGAGAGGGCAUAGACACUGUUUGGGUGUACGAUGCCAAGACAUUUAAAACACACUUGCAAAAUGGCAUGACAAGGGAAACAACACCAGAACCCAAAGAUAAACCAGAUUCACCCACAUAAAUGUAACUCUUAUCUUGUUGAAAAAUAAUGUCAUUUUAGCUUUGUGAAGCACCUUGAGAUGACGUUGUUUUUAAAGUGUGCUAUAUAAAUCAAAUGUAUUAUUAUUAUUAUUAUUAUGAUGCUCUGCAACACUGGGACAAUCUCUUUUUUUUUCUUUUAAAUCCACGCAAUUCUACUGUGGGGUCGGCCUGAAGAUGCUGGGAAGGACUGAUUAAAAAGAAAGUGCUACAAAGUGUUAUGUCUUUACACCACAUGUCCGAGUACGAUAUUGGGCAAAGUAGAAAAUAAGACUGGUUGACACUGCCCUUGGUGGGUGGUUACACUUACUCAAAGUCAGUUGUCUACGCAAAGAUUUCCCACAUUGGGAUCAAUAAAGUACUUAUUAUCUUAUUUUACAGUUAUAACAGGAUUAUUUUACUCCCAUGUUCACUUUUGGGGUGAAUGAUCAACUGGGCUUUUAAUGUUUGAUACGUCAAGGAUUAAAGAUAACGUAAACUAUGAUUAAUGAGAAAGUAUAAGUUAUUUGCAAUGUUUAAUUGCAUAACUUUGAUUAUUUAUAGAAAGUGUAAUUCCUUUACAGAAAGACAAAGAUCUAAUAUUGCCAAGUGGAUUGAAAAUAAAAGCAACCCUGUCUGGUAGAACUUUGUUUGUAUUGUACAAACAUUAUUUUGCAUGAUAACCAGAAAACCUC